AUGGCUACCAGUAGAGGAAACAUGAACAACUCCAUCCAACUAGACCACCACCAACAUAAUCAACAUCAUCAAAAUCAUCAUCAUCAUCAUCAAAAUCAGCAGCAGCAGCAACAACAACAGCAUCAGCAUCAAAUACAAGAGCAUCAUCAACAUCAUCAAAAUCAGAUUCCUUAUGCAAUGAUGCAAUCAUCAUCAUCAUCUUCCAUCCCUGGAAACUUCAUAAGCAAAGAUACUGGAGCUUAUGAUUUGGGUGAAUUAGAUCAAGCCCUUUUUCUCUAUCUUGAUGGACAAGACCCUUCCACUAUUCAAGAGCAAAGACAUAAUUCUGGAAUGAGGCCUCCGACUCUAAACAUUUUCCCUUCACAACCUAUGCACGUUGAGCCACCAUUAGCCACAAAGACAAGUAGAGGAUUGGUUUCUCCAGCAACUAGUGGUUCAAAGAGACCAUCAGAGCCGUCCAUGGAGUUGGCCAACGCCAGAAAUGAUGCUUCAGGUUCUGCACCAGAUCAACCAGCUAAAGCUGUCAAGCGUGAGGGGAACCGGAAAGGGCCAACAUCAAGUUCAGAGCAGGAAGGACCCAAAACACCAGACCCUAAGACUUUGAGAAGACUUGCUCAGAAUAGAGAAGCAGCAAGGAAAAGCAGGCUAAGAAAAAAGGCUUAUGUUCAGCAGUUAGAGUCAAGUAGGAUUAGGCUAACACAACUGGAACAAGAACUUCAAAGAGCCAGAGCUCAAGGCAUGUUUUUUGGUGGUGGUGUUCUAGGAGGAGAGCAAGGCCUUCCUGUUGGUAUUAACAACACAAGCUCAGACGCCACUGUGUUUGACAUCGAGUACGCAAGAUGGCUAGAAGAGCACCAUCGCCUCAUGUGCGAGCUUCGAGCCGCGGUUCAAGAGCAUCUACAGGAGAACGAGCUUCGGAUCUUCGUCGACAACUGUUUAGCACAAUUCGACGAGUUGAUGAACCUAAAAAGCAUGGUAGCCAAAACAGAUGUCUUUCAUCUUGUGUCUGGCAUGUGGAAGACUCCAGCCGAACGAUGCUUCAUGUGGAUGGGUGGAUUUCGGCCCUCUGAGCUCAUCAAGGUUAUAGUGAAUCAGAUUGAGCCAUUGACGGAGCAGCAGAUAAUGGGAAUAUGUGCUUUGCAACAAUCGACACAGGAAGCUGAAGAAGCUCUAUCACAAGGCUUGGAAGCUCUGAAUCAGUCCCUUUCUGAUAUUAUAACUUCUGAUUCACUGAGCUGCCCUCCUAAUAUGACUAACUACAUGGGCCAAAUGGCUAUCGCCAUGAACAAGCUCGCCACCCUCGAAGGUUUUGUUAGACAGGCUGAUAAUCUGAGGCACCAAACCAUACACCGGCUGCAUCAAAUCCUGACGACCCGUCAAGCUGCAAGGUGUUUGCUGGCGAUUGCUGAGUACUUCCAUCGCCUAAGAGCUCUCAGCUCUCUCUGGUUGGCUCGCCCUCGGCAAGAACAAUAGGACCCCUAGCUAGGCCAUAGCCGCUUUCAUUUCCUUUUAGCUCUUUUCUCUUAAUUAUUAUUGGCUUCUUUCAUA